AUGCACCAAGCGCAAGUCGAAGCCUGGGGUUCAGCACCCAGAUACAUCUCUGUCCCGGACCUCCCACCCCCAGCCGAAGACGAGAUUCGCAUCAAAGUCCUCGCAGCCGGCGUCCACCAAGUCGUCCGCUCCCGCGCCUCCGGAAAACACUACACCUCCGGCACGCCCCCCCACAUCCCCGGCGUGGACGGCAUAGGCGAGACGGAAGAUGGAAAGAGAGUCUACUGGUUUAGUCUGGACCGGGGUUGUUUCGCCGAGUGGGUGAAUAUGCCUAAGCGGAAUAUUAGGAUGUUGCCCGAAGGGACGGAUCCUGUGCAAGCGGCGGCUGUGAUCAAUCCGGCGCUGAGCAGUUGGAUGGCGUUUCAGAGUCGAGUCAAUCUGCCUUUGCCACAAGGGUUUAGUGUGCUGAUUCUUGGUGCUACGUUGGCGAGUGGGAGGGUGGCCGUGGAAAUCGCGAGGGGGUUUGGGGCGGGGAAGGUGGUGGGGGUUGCGAGGGAUAGAGGUAAGCUUGGGUCUGUGGAGGGGUUGGAUGAGAGGAUCGUGGUGGCUGAGAAAGUGGAGGAGACGGAUUUCAGCAAGUUUGGAGAUGUGGAUGUGAUACUCGACUAUGUGUACGGUCCUCUCGGAGCCCACUGCCUGGCCUCACUCAUGAGCAGGAAGCCGACAAGCUAUGUCCAUAUUGGCAUGCUAUCAGGCCAGGAUCUGGUACUUCCCGGGGCGGUGAUUCGUAGCAAGAAUCUGACGAUUAGGGGUUCCGGGCCGGGAAGUUGGGCGAUGCAUGAGAUGGCGGAGUCUAUUGAUGGGUUGUUGGGGUUGGUGAAGAGGAUUCCGAAGCAGCCGAUUAAGGCGGCGAAGUUGGAGGAUAUCGAGACGGUGUGGGGAGAAGGUGUUAAGGAGGGGAGGCUUGUGUUUGUGCCGUGA